AUGCAGUUCAUUAUUAUCAGGGAAAAUCCAGAACGUACCUUUGAUUUGGUACUGAAAGUAAAAUGCCAAGCAUCUGAAAAUGAAGAUCCAGUGGUACUGUGGAAGUUCCCGGAGGACUUUGGAGACCAGGAGGUGCUGAACAGCAUUCCAAAGUUCUGCUUUCCUUUUGACAUUGAAAGGGUGUCCCAAAAUCAAGUAGGACAGCAUUUUACCUUCGUGCUCACUGACAUUGAAAGUAAGCAAAGGUUUGGAUUUUGCCGUUUGACGUCAGGAGGCAAGGUCUGCCUCUGUAUCCUAAGUUACCUACCAUGGUUUGAGGUAUACUACAAGCUCCUAAAUACUCUGGCAGAUUAUUUGGCUAAAGAACAGGAAAAUGACUCAAAUGAUUUGUUAAAAACAUUGUAUAGCCAUCCUGUGCCAAAGGCGAACGCUUUAGUCAGUUUAAGUGUGAGCCAAGAGAUGAUUUUUGCAAGUGAGCAAGUUUUGAAAAAACAGCCUUGUCUUGUGUCGCACUCAUAUUUCAUUACUCCUGAUGUAACUGGAUUGCCAACAAUCCCUGAAAGCAGAAACCUCACUGAAUAUUUCGUUGCUGUGGAUGUGAACAACAUGCUGCAACUUUAUGCUAGUAUGUUGCAUGAGAGACGACUCAUUAUUACCUCUAGCAAACUAAGCACUUUAACUGCUUGUGUUCAUGCGUCAGCUGCAUUGUUAUAUCCAAUGUAUUGGCAACACAUUUACAUCCCAGUGCUUCCUCCACAUCUUCUGGACUACUGCUGUGCACCAAUGCCUUAUCUAAUUGGCGUCCACUUAAGCUUAAUAGAGAGAGUGAAAAAUAGAUCACUGGAGGAUGUGGUUUUGCUAAAUGUUGACACAAAUACUCUAGAAACACCUUUUAAUGACCUGAACAACCUACCUGGUGAAGUGGUCUCGGCCUUGAAAAAUAAACUGAAAAAGCAGUCUACAGCUACGGGUGAUGGAGUAGCCAAGGCCUUUCUUCGGGCACAGGCAGCACUGUUUGGAUCCUACAGAGACGCACUAAGAUACAAACCAGGAGAGCCUAUAACUUUCUGUGAGAAUAGUUUUGUGAAGCAUCGUUCCAGUACUACUAAGCAGUUCCUGGAAACUGCUGUUAAUCUUCAACUGUUCAAACAGUUUAUUGAUGGUCGGCUAUCAAAAUUAAAUGCAGGAAGAGGAUUCUCAGAUGUUUUUGAAGAAGAAAUCACAGCAGGAGGCUUUUGUGGAGGAAAUUCAAGAUCAUAUCAGCAGUGGAUGCAUACAGUGAAGAAAGGUGGUGCACUGAUCAACACAGCAAUGACCAAAGCCACUCCGGCUGUGAAAACAGCAUACAAAUUUGCAAAAAAUCAGGCAAGACAAGGAAUAAAAGAAGUGAAGAGUAAGUUAAAACACAAGGAGAGUGAGGAAGAGUAUGGAACUUGCAGCGUUGGUACAGUACAGACUGCUCCCGUCUGCGCAUUGCAUUAUGAGAAAAGAGCAAAUUCAGAAAAACGAAGAUUGGCACAGACUCGUUUCAACCAGCGUCUCAGUAACCAGGAUUUUACCUUGGAUGAAGAUGAUGAUGAUGAAAUGGAGAGAACAAGCAAGUUAUCAUCAGAAGAUAGUGAAGAAGCUUCUGCUUACUUUUAUGAUAGUGAUGAUUCUGGCGAAACUGGAAUAAUUUCUCAGCAUCAAGGAGAAAUGGACUUGCUUGGGGAGAUUUUGGACACGCUGAGCACACACAGUUCAGAUCAAGGAAAGCUCUCAGGAGCCAAGAGCCUGGAUUUCUUUAGGUCAAUGGAUGACAUUGAUUACAAGACCGCGAACAAGUCGAAUGCACCUAGUGAGAGCAACCUUAGCCUGCUCUGCAGCAGUGCUAAUGAUCAAGCAGAGUGGAACCUCGGUCAGGAUGACAGUGUCCUCCAUGGGAAGCAGCUCCCUCCAUCACCAAGAAAGCAAGUUUCUGCUAGUGGCCAUAGAGAAUCUCUCUCAAGGCUGGAAGAAGAAAGUAGUGACAAGACCUUUAUUACUGACAAGAUGGACACCACUAGUAUGACAUCCCCAUCUCCAGUACGAUCAAGUGCCCAGUUUGCUUCUCUAGAAAGUUUCAAAGCAGGCUAUUCUUCCUGUAAGUAUGCAAAGCAGAAUGAAACACUAAGCAAUACCUCAGAAGAUCAGCUCCCAGCAAGUCUUGCUCAACAUCCAUCCAUUCUGGUCCCUUGGGAGAAAGAUGGGAAGGAAAGAAAUGAGACUCCGGAAGAGGGUGGGCUUCUUCAAGAGGUGGUGUCAUUAUGUAAACUGAGUUCUGCUUUUCACUAUGGUUUAAAUAUUUCAAAGGAUAGCUUAUCCAGCAGUAGCAGUGGAAAUAAAACGUAG